AUGGUUCACCUUGCCAGAGUUAAGCGGGAUGAGGAGGUUAACACCUCUCUCCCCAAGCGUAUCGACGACAUCAAGCUUGACAUGCCUGAUGAUGGUGAUGACUUUUGUUCCACCGUUUAUGGCUCCCGCUUUGCGGGCGAGCAUCUGCCUGCUCAUGAGAUGCCAGACAGAGAGAUGCCCAAGGAGGUGGCUUACCGUAUGAUUAAGGAUGAGCUGAGCUUGGAUGGAAACCCCAUGCUCAACUUGGCGAGUUUCGUCACCACUUACAUGGAAGAGGAAGUCGAGAAACUCAUGGCCGAAUCUUUCAGCAAGAACUUCAUCGACUAUGAAGAAUACCCCCAAUCAGCGGAGAUCCAGAACCGCUGCAUUAACAUGAUCGCUCGUCUCUUCAACGCCCCCACUACCGGCGACGAUGAGCACCCCAUGGGUACCUCGACCAUUGGAUCCUCCGAGGCCAUCAUGCUGGGCACGUUGGCCAUGAAAAAGAGAUGGCAGAACAAGCGCAAGGCCGAGGGCAAGGACUUCUCUCGUCCCAACAUCGUCAUGAACAGUGCCGUCCAGGUCUGCUGGGAGAAGGCGGCCCGGUACUUUGACGUCGAGGAGCGUUAUGUCUACUGUACCGAUCAGCGGUUCGUCAUUGACCCCAAGGAGGCGGUGGAUCUGGUGGAUGAGAACACCAUCGGUAUCUGUGCUAUUCUGGGAACUACGUACACGGGUGAAUAUGAGGAUGUCAAGGCUAUGAAUGACAUCUUGGUGGAGAGAAACAUUGACUGCCCUAUCCACGUUGAUGCUGCUAGUGGUGGCUUUGUUGCUCCUUUCAUUAACCCCAACUUGCUGUGGGAUUUCCGUCUGGAGAAGGUCGUCUCUAUUAACGUGUCGGGACACAAGUAUGGUUUGGUCUACCCCGGUGUCGGAUGGGUUGUUUGGAGAUCCCACGACUUCCUGCCCAAGGAGCUCAUCUUCAACAUCAACUACCUGGGUGCGGAACAGGCCAGUUUCACCCUCAACUUCUCCAAGGGUGCCUCGCAGGUCAUCGGCCAGUACUACCAGAUGAUCCGUCUAGGUAAGCGUGGCUACCGCGCCAUCAUGGUCAACAUUACCAAGAUCGCCGACUACCUCGCCUCAGAGCUGGAGAAGCUGGGCUUCAUCAUCCUGAGCCAGCGUGGUGGCCACGGCCUGCCCCUCGUCGCCUUCCGUCUCCCCGACAGCCGGCAAGGCCACUUUGACGAAUUCGCCAUCGCCCACCAGCUGCGUGAGCGUGGCUGGAUCGUGCCCGCCUACACCAUGGCCCCUCACAGCAACGAGCUGAAGCUGAUGCGCGUCGUUGUCCGUGAGGACUUCACCAUGAACCGCUGCGACACUCUGAUCACUGACAUCAAGCUGGCGCUCAAGACCCUGGAAGAGAUGGACCAGGCCAUGCUGCACAAGUACACUGUGCACAUGAAGGCCAACGCAACCAACUCGGCCAAGGCCAAGCACAACCACCACCACUACAAGAACGAGAAGCACUCUCUGCAGGGAAAGACUGGCAAGACGCACGGAAUCUGUUAG